GACGCUACUGUUUUGGAGAGCGGCAUCGCGUCUCGUUGUGCUGAUGAUGCUGCUGCAUCCGACUUGGCUGAGCCAAAUUUGCCCACGACGACGGAAGAGGCGUUGCAACGACGUGCAACCCAACAACGCCGCUUAAGCAUCUACGUCCAUCUACGUGUACACAUCGCAGACCCAGACACACAAUUUAGUACGAGCACGCGUCGAGCAAAAAAGGCACGUAAGCAGGCACUUUUCAGCAAGAGGAGCCCCGACCAUCCUCGGCAACCAAAACCGCCAUCAUGUUGCUCGCCGAGGACCCCGCAACUGUGAGUGUCUCUUUGUCUUUCCCCCCGGCUUUUGAGAGAACAUAAUGCAUUGCGGAUAAAACAAAGGAGUCGGAGAGAAGCUGGACUGACCAUGGACUGGCGCGCGCAGCUCAUCCACCACACCAUAAACAACUUCAACAUCCAGCCGGACAAGCUCGCCGUCGCGCGCGUCACCGAGUCGCUGUCGACGCUCCAGCAGGCGCGCGACUUGCGGGUGCGCGACGCCGAGGCCGCGCUGCGCAAGCUCUCGCGGCAGCUGGCGACGCUCGCCUCGCAGCACGACGACGUGGCCGCCGCGCACUCGUCGCCCGCGGACCACGCCUCGCACAUCGCCACGCUCGACACGCGCAAAUUCCGCACCGCAAAGGCCGCCUCCGACGCCGAGGUCGAGGCCGAGCGCCUCGCCUCUCGCGCCGCCGACCUCGCCGCCCGCCUCCAGGAGCUCGACCUGCAGGGCGUCGAGGGCGACCUCGGCAGCGGCAGGGCCUCCGCCGCCGACGGCAGCCGCCGGGGGAGGGACCCCGUCGACGACGAGGUGCUGCUGCGCCUCAAGGUCUAUCGCAGCCUGGGCAUCGACAUUGAGCGCGACGGUCGCGACGGCGAGUGGUCGCGGGCCGUCGUCCGAAACGACCGCAAGGGGGAUGUCCACGUCGUCAAUAUGGACAAGAAGUUCUCGCGCUUCUUUUACGCAAACUAUUUUUGGCAGACCCUGUGAUACGCCCUUGAGAGGGCUGCCCGGUACUCACGCUUCGGAGCGAUGGCGACGGAACAGGCCCUGGAGAGAAGGGGGGGCGUUUAUUGGUAUACUUUCUUACAGAUACCAGGCGUUAAGGGAGCGUGCAUCUGUGUCAUCCAUCGACGCAACGCCGUCGGCAAUGAAUAAUGAAAUUGAAUUGUGGCAGCGCUGACAGGCGAGAGUCGCCGCCUCGAGAAGUGGGUUUCAACUUUGUGACAUGUCACGCCGAACCACAAAGGUUGCGUUUUCUUCUCUCGCGAUUUUCGUCACGGUCGCCGGUCCCAUCAUGCCACCAACAGCGGCGGGCAUGACCAGAUGCAAGCAAAAGGA